AUGGCUGCAACCCAACCGGCAAGUCGAGGCAAGCAGUCUUGCAGGAAGUUGCCGGAGAUCCAACAACUGGAGGGACUUCAAGAGCCAUUCUCGACUUCAGACGUUUUCCGGGCAGUGGAGCCUUUUCUCCCAUCCUGGCGAUCUGCCCCGCAGAAGGCCACUGUGGUGCUCCGACACAUGGCAGGUCGCCAACCCGCCCUGGCCUUGGCCGUCCUCCGGAGCAUGGUGCUCGGACUGGUGGAGACAAACACGGUGCACUGGAACGCCCUUAUCUUCAAAGCCACACAGGACUGGGACUGGGAACGCGGGUAUGCGCUGGUGGAGGAAGAGGUGGCGGCAGGAUUGAGCUGCGAAGCCAACAGCUACAAUUCUAUAUUGAGCGCAGCUGUACGAUCUGAGCGGUGGCCGCGGGCGAUCGCUAUGCUGAGUCAGAGAUUUGAGGUGGGAGUUUCUGCUGACACGGUCAGCUUCAACAUCUUCGCCGACUCGAUCGCCAAGCGUGGCGAGUGGCGACGUGUCUUGUGCAUCCUGCAGGAUCUUUUCUCUGAGCACUUACUACCUGAUGCAGUCACCUACAGUGCCUGUAUAUGCGCAGGCAAGUCUGAGGAGCAUUGGCCUCUCGCUUGCCACCUGUUGCAGAGAAUGCAAUCCCUCGACGUUGCGCCUGACAUGGCAAACUUUGGCACAGCUGUAAAUGCAUGCGGCUCGACUACAAAGUGGAAGUCUGCGGCGCAGCUUCUCCGUGAAGGUGCUGCCAGAACCUUGCGUGUAAACGCCGCCAGCUUCAAUGCUGCCAUCUCGUCCCUGCGUUCAGGCGAGUGGCAAAGGGCAGCCGGCUAUGUGGAGGCCAUGCGAAAAUGCCAGAUGGGUCCCGAUGCCAUCACUUUGUCUUCAUCCGUCACUGCAUGCGACAAAGGAGCGUGGCAAGUUGCACUGGUCCACUUCGUCGAUUUCUCACGGCGCAAAGUUUGUCCCAAUGCUUUCGUCGGCAAUGCGCUGCUUUCCUGUUGUUCCAGCGACUCCCAGUGGCAAGCUGGACUGCAGAUGCUUAUGCUCUUCCAGCAGCUGCACAUCGCCACGGAGGUGAGCUUCAACAUCGCCUUCUCCAUGUUUGAUCGAUCCGGGGUCUGGCAAGUUGCUGUGGCCCUUAUUCCUUUCGUGUCCCAACUACAACCCAGUCCAAGCGUAUCACAACUGAAUUCUGUGAUGAGCUGCUUGGCGAAGGUGCAGCAAUGGCAGCAGGCAGCACGCCUGCUGCAGCAUUUUCACAGCCGCUCCAUCGAAGCUACUACAGUCACCUACUGCCACUUGGUCGAAGCUUGUAAAAGCGACGCAGCUGCGGCUCUUCGGUGGUUCCAGGAGAUGUUGAAGGUGAAGCUCGAGUUGGAUGCCACUGCUUGCCUCGCGGUGCUGUCCAUCAGUGCAAAACACAGCUGGGAAAUCGGAGUCUUCGCGCUGCAGUCCUUGCGAGAGCAAGAUGACCUGAUUGCCCACAAUGUGGCUGUGAGCACCUUGGGGAAACAAUCUCGGUGGCAACUUGGGGCACACUGCGCAGAAAGGUUGUCAAGUCAGGGACUCCGGGCGAAUGUCAUCACAUUCUCUUCCCUGUUUAGUAGUGUAGAGCCUGGCAGAUGGCACGUGGCGUUGGGCAUUUUGGGCGCCUUGCCAUGUUGCUCUCUGCGUUCGAACGACUUUACCCGCAGCGCGGCCAUUGCGUCAUUAGGCCCGGGACGUCAGUGGCGGUCGAUCACAGCCCUGCUUCUGGAGAUGUCCAAAGAAGCCCUGGAGGUAAACCAGGUCUGUAGCGGCGCUGCCCUGCGGGGAUUCGAGCGCCAGAGCCUCUGGCAGAGUUCGCUGUGGCUGCUCAGGAACCAUCGUGCCCGUGAGCUCGAUCCAGUCAGCUGCAGUUCGACGAUAAGUGCUUGUACAGAGGUGGCACUUUGGAGCUCCUGGCAUCCGCCCUCAGAGCUGGACCCAGCGAUUUUCGAUGACUUCCUUCCAGAUGAUCUUAACGAGGUCGAAGGCGAGGGCGAAGAGCUUGAAGAGGAAGAGGUCUUCCCACCCCCUUCUGAUGAGGAGAUGGCCCUGCGCCACCUUGACCGGCUCAGCGCGGCCUCGGGGAAGGUGCGGCCACCGCCGCAGACUGGUCCGGGAAGGCCUGUCCUCACAUUGGCCAAGACCUACAAGCUGCCGGCUUCGGAGAUCCAUUUCGAGAGCCGGAGCGAGGCUGACCUUACACUGCAUUUCUCGAGUGGCGCCUUCUGCAUUCGCUUCUUCACAGACAGCAGUCGCGAAGUGUGGCGUCGGGGCUUGGCCUACACCCUGAUUAGAGCGGAGAAAGGAUGGGAGCGGCAGCGCUGA